AUGUUCACCACGAACCCAAAACUACGCGUCCGUUCACCAUCCCCGACAACUGUCGAGUUCACUGUCACCACAGCUCCCAGAAGCGUCCUCACGCGCCAGGUGGUAACAUGGAGCACUAUCCUCCUCCGGAUGCUAGUAUGCUCCUCGGCAGUAUUACUCGUCCUACUUAAACACUACCCCCCACAAACCUUCACGUUAGGUACCCAUGUACCUGCGUACGUCCACCCACUCCUGCAAUACAUCUCCACCGCUCUUGCGACGCGAAUUUCAUGGCGAUACUUACUGCCCGGCGUUAUCGCGGGUUUGUACAUUGCUAUCUUCAUACCUGGAUACACCGAAGAAUCCCUGCUAGUGAUUAGAGAUCUUGGUGUGCAGAUUAGCACUACCACCUGGGGUGGGAGGAGGAGUAGGUUUAUACCUACCAGUGCAGUUAGGGAUUUGUGGAUUCAUGAGGGGUUCUGCGGGUUUGAAGUGAGAUUUUAUUUGGCAGUUGCGGUGGAGGGGGAAGAGGGGGUUGUGGUUGUUUUCCCAGUGAGUGCUGCUCCAGGAUGCGACAGGAGAGGGGCUAAUGAACCGGGUUGUAGACGCUGCUGCCGAAUAGAAGGGUUUUGGAGCUGGUUUGGAGGGGGGCGAAGGGGUGUUUGUACGAGCCUAGGAGGGUGGGGAGGUAGAUUUGCAAAGAGGCACGGCUAUCUCACACCGUUUGUUUGGCCUUCUAAUAUUUCGAUGAUUUAG